AAAAACAGCCCGCUGUCCGGUGCCAAUGGCCGCCGGCGCCACCCGCCCUCGGCCGGUGGCGAGCUCCGUCCCGGCGGCGGAGGCGCCGCCGCUGCCUGAGCUCUCUGAGGAGCGAAAAAUGGACCUCGCAGAGCUGCUUCGGGCGCCGCAGCCGGACGAUGCGGCCACCGUCGAGCUGCUACUCAACCCGACCCCAGACAGCGCCGGCGCGGUGACAGCCAUGAUGGAGACGGCCCGUGCGGGGCCGCCCAGGUACGAUUGCUUCAUCUCCACCGGCGUCGCGCCUGCGUUCGCCUUCUCCGCCUUCCGCCACCGCAACGCCGAGGGCGGCUUUCAAUACGACGUGCGGCUGACCCCGACCGAGUCGAGCCGGGUGGGCACCAACUCGUUCUGCGCGCAGCUGAAGUGCUCAGCCGACUGCACCCGCUACACGCUGUGCGACGACCCCUCCAACUUUUACUCGUACCCUCGCGAGCUCGGAGCCGUCUUUGUCGGCGGAGCCGGCCUCGGCAACCGCAUCUCGGUGCUGGUGCCUCGCGUGCUGCCGUCGGGCGCGGCGGCGCAGUUCCGCGUGCUCCGUCCCGAGGACGGCAUCAUCUCCCGCUUCCUGGCGGGCCAGGCGCGCGAGCACAUCAUGACCCUCUCCGGCUUGUGGACGAGCAAAGAGGGAGGGACCGUCGAGCUCACCCUGGGGGGAGAGGGGACUGCCGCAAGCCAGCGACGGACGGUCUUCCGCGCGACGCAGAGCAGCUCGACGCUCUCGCUCCAGUACUCGUCGCCCCUCUCCUGCUUCCAGGCCCUUCUGCAUCGCCCUCUCGCUCGUGCACCACGCGCAGCACCGCCGCCGCCCCUCGAGCGAACCGCGCCGCGCCUACGGCUCGGUCGGCCGCUCCUCCUCGCGCCAGAAGGAGCAGGAGCCGCCGCACAAGCCUCGCCCCUCCACCUUCCCGCGCGCCUGGUCCGCCAGGGGGGGCGAGGCUUGUGCCCCACCCGCCGCCGACCAGCUCCACCACAACGUGUGAGGUGCAGCGGACAGAUCCGCCUUCCUCGGCCCCGAAGUCGCUCUAGAGAUACGUCAGAGAGAGAGAGGGAGAGUGAGAGCGCGCGCGCUCGCGGGUCGCGCCACGCGCGCCGCGCAAGAGGAAGAGCCUCCAGGGCCGCUCCACAUGCUCCAACGGGCUAGUACACUCGAUCGAGGACAGGUCGCAGAUACGGGUCAGGUCCGCCAGUUUCUUUAUUAGCGUGCGCGCAGUUUC